AUGGUCGAACUUCACCACCGCUACGGCGCCAUCGUUAGAAUUGCACCAAACGAACUUUCCUUCGCCCGGCCCGAUGCCUGGAAAGAUGUUAUGGGCUAUCUCAGACAAGGUCAGCCGGAAAAUUCCAAAGACCCGAUUGCGUAUCACGAACAAAUGGGUAGUCUUAUUACAAUGGAGCGAACAAGACACGGACAAAUACGCCGCAGUUUGAGCCACGGGUUUUCUGCCAGGCGAAUGUUUGAACAGCAGCCUUUGAUCCAAAAAUAUAUUGAUCUUUUAUUUGAAAAGUUACACUCCAAUUCCGACAACGGAACACAAUCGCUCGACAUCGUUGCCUGGUACAACUACACCACUUUUGACGUUAUCGGCGAUUUGACCUUUGGCGAAUCGUUCCACUGUCUCGAAAAUCACGAUUUACAUCCAUGGGUCAAAAUCAUUUUUAAAAGCAUUAAAGGAAUGAUAUUGUUCAACGUCAGUCGCCAUUUCUUCAGUUCCACAGACACGGUAGUUCGCAAGCUUCUGCCCUUCGUCGCGGAGGCCGGUCAACAGCACGAAGCCUUGAUUUUCAACAGGGUGAGCAAACGAUUGGAAAUGAAGACGGACCGGCCCGAUUUUAUGGAUUCUAUGAGGCGUCAGGAUGUUACGACAAUGACGAUGGAUGAAAUUUGCAAAACCUCGGGCACAAUAAUCAUUGCCGGGUCCGAGACCACCGCCACCGUGCUUUCGUUCGCCACGUACCUCUUGUGCAAACACCCGGAAAUCUGUACCAAAGCAGUGGCUGAGGUUCGCGCGGCUUUUGCAACCGAGCAGGAGAUCGACGCCGUGCGUGUGCAGCAUCUGGAAUACCUUUCAGCCGUUCUGAACGAGACUAUGCGCUUGUACCCUGCGGUGCCAUGGAGCUUGACCAGACGAACCCCUCCGGAGGGAAACAUGGUGUGUGGGGAUUUUAUUCCGGGCGACUGUUUGUUGACCAUUUCCCAAUGGACGAUGGCUCAUUACGAAAAGAACUUUGCUCAACCCGAGAUAUUCGCCCCGGACCGGUGGCUCCCAACAGCCAAUGCCAUUUUCAAGAACGAUAAAAAAAUGGCCUUCCAGCCUUUCUCCCACGGCAGUCGAGACUGCAUUGGAAAAAACUUGGCGUAUACCGAAAUGCGCAUUAUUUUGGCCCGCAUGCUUUGGAACUUUGAUAUCCAGCUGGACAAUCGCAGCGAGAACUGGGCCGAUAAUAUGCAGGUCUUUGGCUUGUGGGACAAACCACCCCAAUAUGUUUACCUCAAACCCCGAAAGGUUGAGGUAUAA